AUGGUGCCUCGGGGUGGAGGACAGCACGGAGCAGCAUCGGCCAUGUUCAAGAACGUCCUCGUCAAGAAGUCUGUGAUGGGUUCCAUCGCGCACCUGCUGCAACUCCCCGGCGCCUAUUUCCUGGGCACCGGGCAGCUCUUCUGGGCGUCGGGGUCCGCCAAGGCCGUUCGGAACUCGCGGCGCCGCGGUGCGGGUAGUUCGGGGGCGGCGGCGCGGAAGGGCAAAGGAGCAGCUUCCUUCAUGGAGCAGGGCGACCCCUUAUCAAAUGCAAAUAUCGAGGUCUGGGUCUGGAAACAUCCGGACUUUGUCAUGCACCGUUUGCCUCACACAGGUUCUUCUGAAUGCACAGCAUAGCAUCACAGGUUUUAUGAAAGCCACAAAUUUAUGAGGUCUCUGUGCCUAUAAUCUGUAUGCUGCAUGAGAAACUUUUUGCCCGCGUAGCCACAAAUAAAGAGCACCUGCUUCGUCUGGUGUUGCUGUUCACGCAAGACAGAUUUUUGUGUGACUGACAGAGAGCAUGACAAGUUUGCAUUCUUCCAGACGACCCAGACACAUUAUUUGCAAUGCAUACUCCUUCGGUUUUUACGACGACGACGAUGACAAGCGGUUUGCCAGUAUCGUUUUGAAAAACGUUCCCACAUAAUUCUCCUUCACCUCCUGGGAUUUGUGAUGCAAAUCUACAUUCUUAAAAUGUUUCUCAUGCUUAGCCACAUGAAAACCGACGUUUUCUAAUGUAGACCGGGAGUUUGUCAUGCUGGAAUGAGGAUGAGGCACUUGAUUCGUCAUGUUGCAGUUGCACUACCUAAAACAACAUCAGGAGGCCAUUACAGCCCCCAGCUUGUCAUGCACAGCAGCCAUAACUUGUUGAUUUGCGUAGCGAAAUUCCCAGCAACAUCUUGAGGACUCUAGGGCGGGCGGUGGGGACGUUUUUGCACAGGAUAGACCGUGGCAGCGAGGCCCCUCCUGCCAUUGACGACCUGUGGACGCCUGCGGGCUUCUCCACCACUCCCCGCCGGAACAAGCCCUCUUCGUCUUCCAGGAAGAAGAAGAAGAAGCGUCUAUCCCGAGUAAAAAAAGUCCGCACGACCCCUAUGUUUUUCAUGCAGACUUGCAAUUACAGGAACCGAGCGUUUGUAAUGCGCGCGUCCCCAUGAGAGGCACUUGCAGUCGUGUUCUGGGACUUGUAAUGCUGUAAACAGGAUAAGGAGAUGGCUUUGUGAUGCGAAUGUCCUUGCUAAACUGAACUACAAUACAGCGAGAAACUUGUCAUGCGUGACACCUCAAACUUCUGGAUUUGUGUUGCAGAGGUCCCAACGUGACGACGGGGUCGUCGUGGGGACGUUUUUACAAGGGAUAGCGUCCGGCGGCCACCGUGACUCCGGACGAAGCCAUCCCCGCAGUAUCAAAUGCAAACGUAGUACCUGGGUCUGGAAGAAUGCAAGUUUGUCAUGCUAGUCUCACAUGACUCUUGACUUUGUCAUGCACAUUACCCAACAGCCCCAUUUUUCUGUCAUGCAGACACGCAGUUUGUCAUGCAGAAUUGUAGGCAACACCUAGAAGCAAGCUCAGAAACUUGUCAUGCUGAGCCAGCACUUGUGGCCUCCUCAUGAUACGCCACCCAGCAUCACAAGUUUCCAGACCCAGACACUUUUGCUUUUGAUGCGCAGCGGUGGCCCACGACGAUGCCAGCACGUCCGAACCCGGCCACCAGCACGACAUAUCAUUUGUAAAAACGUCCCCACCCCAGAGUCAAGAUGGGUAUUUUGCAACACAAGCCUGAAAGUUUUGGGAGCCACGCAUGACAAACUGCAGGCUGUAGUGUAAUUCAUUUUAGCAAGGGAAGCCGCAUAGCAAAUCCAUCUCCUUAUCCUGUUGACAGCAUUGCAACUUCCAAAACACGAUGGGAAAUGCCUCUCAUUGGGAUGCGCAUUACAAAUGCUCUUUUGCUUGCAGAUCUGCAUAACAACUAUGGGGUGAUGGCACUUCGGUGUCCGCCUGACCUACCCCCCCUGCGUGUCAAGCCAUCUGCGGCCUGGGGCAGAGGGGGGGCAAAGUGUGCUGCAAUUCCUUUGGCAUAACAACUAUGGGGUGGGGACGUUUUUACUCAGGAUACGGCACCGCCAAUCUUCAUCCUGGCCACGUGGCAACCUCCAAGCCGACGAAGUUCUUGGAGACCAUAUCAAAAGGAAAAAGCCCCCCUCCCCGUAUCGAGAAGGACAUUUGUGAUGCUGGAUUUGCGUACACAAAUCAGAUUUGUCUUGCAGUGAAGGACUGCAGGCCCAUACCAAGCCGGAGUGGAAGGGUUUUGGUCUAGGCGCUCAGCAUGACAAAAGUCCAUGCUGUAGGCCCAACAGCAUCACAAACCGGCCGCAUAAUGCGUGGGGGCCUUUUGGGUUUGCCUUCUUGCAAGACAGACACGAUUUGUGACCACGAAUCAGCAUCACAAAUUUCCAACAAUAUACCUUUUCAGUGUGGGGAGGGGGGAUUUUUCCUCUUGAUAGACCAAGCCCAGCGAAGAUCUGCCCGAGCUGGAGGAGGAGCGCCACGGCGCCCCGGAAGCGGCAUCUCAAAUGCUAUCAAAGUGAAAAAUCCCCCCUCCCCAUAUCGAAACGAAGUUUCUUAUGCGGGAUUUGCGUACACAAAUCCGGUCUGUCUUGCUGGAGAGGACUGCAGGCAUAUUCCAUGCCUGAGUCGAGAGGUUUUGACGUAGGCGACGAGCAUGGCAAUAAAUGUCUAUGCUGUAAGCCCAACAGCAUCACAAACCGCCUGCAUAAUGCGGCGGACUCUGUGGCUUUGCCUUCCUGCAAGACCGACAGGAUCUGUGGUCACGAAUCUGCAUCGCAAAUUUUCAGACGGAUCGUUUUCAAUAUGGGGAGGGUGGGUUUUUCGUCACGAUAAAUGCGUUGCAACGGUUGCGAAGACGGGGGCGGAAAAACGAAUCCCACGACACCACCGUCGGGCCAACAACGUAUGUCACCCUUCUAUAAAUAUACUUACAUACUAGAUUAUCAACUGUAAGAAUGUCUGGGUCUGGAAGAAUGCAAGAUUUGUGAUGCAGGUUUUCCAUGACCCAUGAGGUCUGGAAUGCGAGACCCAGCAUGACAGAUUCUGCGAGACCUUUCUAAUGCCUAUCCUGCAUGAGAAACUACCUCCCGACUUGGUCAAAACUGGACGGCUUUUGGUAAUCAUGCAACACAGAUUUUUGCAUGCUGCAGAUCUAGCAUGACAAGUUGCAAUCUUCCAGACCCAGACAUUUUUACAUUUGAUAUAUUUUUUUGGUUUUACUCUCAUUUUUCUUGGGGAGCUCGAUUGAUAAAUCAAAAGAUGGAAUUAGGAAAUCACCUCGUCUACUAGAAGUAUUAAGCUUUGGACUUCAGUACUUCAUAUGCUUCCGUUCUCCGCAUGACACCGUAUGUUUCGCAGUUCGCUCCGGCUACACUGAUCUACUCAAACUUCUAUUUUGAUUUUGCAUUGCACUAUUAUAACAGUAGAAGCAGUAGUUCUCAUGGGCGCGAUCAAAUACAGCGCAGAGCACGCUACCAAUACAAAUCUUGAAGAAUUUCUGUUUUUCGUCGCUUCGCUUCAGGAAUGAAGUACUUUCUUUCACACGAUUGUGUGAAAAGUAAAACAAAGUAAGUUGCUUGUGUUUGUAUCACGAGAAAAGAGUGUUACAGUUACACAUUUGUUGGAGUUUCUGCAUCACAAAUUUUCUCUGUGUGGCAGAGAAAACUUGUAAUGCGAAGAUCAUAAGGGAAAACAAAACGGGAAGGAAACGAGGCUCCAAAGUAUUUCCUGCAUGAGAAAGGUUGUCUGUGUUGCCGAUCUUGCAACACAAUGUGUAACUGUAAACGCUUUUUUCUUGCGAUAGUUUGGAUGCAACCCAACGUAUCUUCACAUACAACAGCGCCGCCGCCAAAUUCUAAUUCGGGUGAGCAGAAGGAAAUGCCUGAUCCUGACCAAUAUCAAAUGCAAAUACGUCUGGGUCUGGAAGGUUGCAAGACUUGUCAUGGGCAUCUUGCAUGCACCAUGAUGUCUGUGGUGCGUGCCCUAGCAUCACAGAUUUUUAAAUGGAUUCUUGAUCAUGCCUCCUUAUUCCGCAUGAGGAAUUCCCUCCCAGCGCAGCACAAACUGGACCCUUCUUGCUGGUCAUGCAACACAAAUUUUUCUAGAAUCCAAAGGCAGCAUCAUAAGUUGCAACCUUCCAGACCCAGAUCGAUAUUUGCAGUGCAUAACCAGGAUCCGGAUGCCGCGGGAGCCGAGUCGUUUCUGCUGAAGGAAUAUCAAAUGUAAAGAUGUCUGGGUCUGGAAAAAUACAAGUUUGUCAUGCUUGUCUCACGUGACUCUUGAAUUUGUCAUGCACAUUACCCAAGAGCCCCAUUUUUCUGUCAUGCAGAGACGCAGUUUGUCAUGCAGAAUAGGCAACACCUAGAAGCUCAGAAACUUGUCAUGCUGAGCCAGCACCUGUGGCCUCCUCAUGAUUCGCCACCGAGCAUCACAAGUUUCCAGACCCAGACACUUUUACAUUUGAUAAGGAAAAGGGUUGCUGCGGACCUUCCGCCCCUCCUGCAAAACCGCCGGCGCAACCACUUCUACCACCUCAACAACGUAAGUCUAAGUCACCUUUCUAUCUAUCUACGAGUAGAAACCGAAACAGACUUAGCAUACGCCUUAAUUUAAGAGUUUCUGCAAGACAAAAAAUAAGCUGGUUUGUGGCCACAAAUCUGCAUUACCCUUCUCCAGUAGGGGGGAGGGGAGAUCAUGUUUCCUCACGAUAUCGACGCACAUUGACAAUUUUACGCGAUGAACAGUAGUGCUUGCUAUGAUCAACAACAGUGUGAUAUCAAAUGACGCGGCAAAUUAUAAAUAUGUCUGGGUUUGGAACAAGAUUGCAAGAAUUGUCAUGCGGGUUUUCCACGACCCAUCGGAUAUGGAGUGCUGGACCUAGCAUGACAGAUUCUGUGCGCUCUUUAUCAAAUGCGUAUCCCGCUGCAUGAGAAACAUCCUUUCAACAGUUGGUCAAAAUCAGACAACUUUAUUUCACAAUCACGCGACACAGGUUUUUGCCUGGUGCAGACUUCAUCUUAGCAUGACAAGCUGGAGCAGGCUCUUCCAGACCCACACAUAUUUGCAAUGCAUAGGUGAAGUAGGUCCUGUCAAAAGAAAAUAUACUAUAACUUGUUCAUCUCAAGAACAUCAACCACAGAACAACUACAAUUGCAACCACAGAACCACCACCGCCAUCACAAGUCGUGUCAUCACCACCAGUCGUGGCAACACAACCACUGCUGGCAGCUCCAGUCGUGCAGCCGCCGCACCCGCGGGUUGUGGCAGCUGCUCCGUCGCAGGAUCUUCGAGCUAUCCUGUGUAAAAACGUCUCCACCCCAGAGUUGUCAUGCAAAUCAGGAAACCUCAGACGUUUCUUAUGCGCAGCCCCAUGAGCAGGAGUAUUGCUUGAUGCUAUCUGGGAGUUUGUCAUGCUGGAAUGAGGGAGAUGGGGUUAUCGAUUUGUGGCGUUGCAGCUGCACAGGCUAAACACGACUAAGCUGAAACCCGAAAUUUGUCAUGCGGAAUGCCCAAACCUUGUGGAUUUGUGCAGCAAGGCCCCCAGCAUCUUAACUAUGGGGCUGGGACGUUUUUCCUCAGGAUACGAGCCAUGGAAGAGUUGCACCAGCUUCGGGAGAACGAAAAGCGGCAAGCCGCGGAAGCGGAAGCGAGAGCUGGUUCUGCGGAAGCGAGAGCUGCUUCUGCGGAAGCGGCAGCUACUGCUGCAGCGACUCAAGCGCGAGACAUUGCCGCCCAGUUGCAGAAGCUUCAGGAGCAGCAGUCGCAGGGACCGGCAUCACUCACGCCGGAGCAGCAACGAGCUCAGGAGGCGAUGUUCAACGAGCUCACGCAGGCGAGAAAGAAGGCGGAGGAGGACAGUCGGGUGGCGGAGGAGGCCAGGAAGAAGGCGGAGGAGGACAGGCGGGUGGCGGAGGAGGCCAGGAAGAAGGCGGAGAAGCAGAGGCUGGAGGUGGAGAAAAAAGCGGCGCUUGCACAAGCAGGAGGACCACCCACUGGUACCACAGUGGUUGUAUCCCGAAGAAAUACACAAUGCCCCCACAAAAACGAACCAAAUUGGCUUUCGCCGCAUGUCCACCAGCGUGCACGCGUGUAGGACUAGCAGUCUGCUUAUUUGCAUGGUCGUGUGGAACCAAAGUAAGUAGAUUUCGACAACAAGUUACUUCAUCAUGCACGGCGGUCUACAACAAGAAGCAUAAGCAUUUCGAUUUCUUCCGACAGAAGAUGUUUGCUCCAUCACCUCUGCUUUGCUUGGCCGCGGAAGGGCGAGCUGCGAACAAAGCAGGCUCCGCUUCUUGUGUCACUGGGACGCUUAUGAUUUUCUACUUUGCAGGAAAAUCUUCACCUGCUUCGUGCCACUGGCUGUGACAAAAUCGCCAUUUUUGUGUACGAAACAGAACCACCUGCAAAGCGUAUUUUCCAAAUAAUUCACUUUCACACCAUAUCGCCAGAUGAUCGUAGAAGCAGAAGCAGGUCAUCUAGAAGAUUCCCGGCCGCACAACUGGCGGUACAUAGUCGCCUACUUUAACGUUGUUGUUUACUAUGUCGGACUAUGUUAGACUUAGAGUCGAACAGAUUUUUAACUACGAAUCAUCAUGUUGGACCACGGCUGCAAACUCGAGUACAGCAAACAACUAGUCAACUGAAGAAGGUCCUCUGAGUUCUGCAUUUUUGUAUCUUACGUUGUACACACCAAAACCAACAUUGUCUUCUCGUGAUAUUAGGAUCAGCAUAGGUUUUACUGCCAUCUGAGUCGUGUUGUGGGGGGGGGCGUUUUUCAAUUUAAUAAGCUCCCGACGACACCUCCAAUAUCCAGUGGAAAAACGUACCUGCCCGCAGUCGUCAUGCAGAUUUGUAAGUUGCCGCGGCUCACCAUCAGCAUGAGAGGCUUUUAUGUAAGUUGUGUUUCCGUGUUUGUUGUAAUGCCCAAAUCUCUAAUCAGGAUGAGAGUACUAGAAAUUUGCCAUGCGGUUAUGAUAGCUAAGCACGACCAGUCCACUGCGUGCCAAGAGAACUUGUCGUGCGAAGUUCGGAAAGCUGCUUGAUUUGUGUAGCAGAAGCACCAUGUUGAUGACUUUGGGGUGGGUACGUUUUUACGCACGAUAUACGACAGUGGCGCUUUUAUCCGACCAAGGAAGAACCAACAUUCAAUACCUAUCGCAAGAAAAAAGUGUUACACUUAAAGGACACACAUUAUCGUGUCGUAGCAGGAAGACAGGCAACAAGAGGACAGACAGUUCCUGUCAACAACAUGCGACAAAUGGUACUAUGCUUCGGAACAUGUUUAUGUUUGUUUUAUUUUCGUGGUACCUUGUUAUCUCCGCAUUGCAGAUUUUUCUUCUUUUGCUGAGAAAAUCUGUGUUGCUAAAUCAAAACGACUUGCAACAUUAGAUGUGUCUGCCAGUAGCACUUUUUUCCUCGGAUAGUAGCUAACCCCAGCGCUCUCCAAAUCGUCAGCGUCCAAGGGUAGAGGGACUAGAAGAAGAACUUGUUUCGACGGCUUCACCGAAAAAUAUUAUCAAGCACCUGUCGAUGCAAUAUCACUUGUAAAAACUACGUACCCACCCCAGCAUCCUCGAAAGAAAACUCUCCGGCACAUUAAGUUGUGUACGACCACAACUCGACGCAGGAGUGGCCUAAUUUGAUGGUGGCAAUCUGUCAUGCUAUUCUGAGCAAGGCUGUUGCAUUCCGUCAUACUGACCAUCAACACGCAGCGCUUUGCCGCGUCAGAGACCACGAGAGCCCGCAUCUUUUCUGAUGUUCUGGCAUGGCAAUUUGAUAUGUGAUCCUACUUUUGAAUAUGGGGUGGGGGCUUUUUUCAUUUUGAUAUGUAUCGCUUAUGCAAGAAGUAAUGCGAACGCGAAAGCGGAAGCGCACCGGGUCUUGCGGAUGAUCCUGAGGGCUCGCGUAUGCUGAGUCGAAUCGUCCCCAUCUUGCCAAAGUUGUCAUGCAGAUUUGCAAGUACAGGAACAUGCGUAAAAAUGCGCAUCUGCAUGAUGAGAGGCAUUUGGAUUUCCAGUCGUGUUAUGGAAUUUGUAUAUGCUGUAAACAGCAUGAGCAAAUGAUUUUGUGAUGUGACUGUCCUUGGUCAACUGCACUUGAAUACAGAGAGGAACCUGUCAUGCGUGACUCUGCCCAGAGCUUCCGGAUUUGUGUUGCCAAGUCCCCAGCUUGACUAUCGGGUGGGGACGUUUUUCCUCACCAUACCGCGAAGCAAUAACUCGUGCCUGAAUAUUGUUUUAUGCAUGAUUUUUGUAUCGUGUAACAGAAACAGAUACAGAAGUUGGAGAUGAUGUACACGUCGAACUCCGCUAGUUGUGUGCCCUGUGUAUCUAGUUUUGCAUGCCAAAUACGAUUUUCUUGCACUUUCCUGCUUGUUGAAGAUCAGCGUCCUACACAGUGGUCGUGGCGGCCCUCCGGAUAGCGAGAUUUGCUUGGGCUGCGCUGGGCGGGGGUUGUUGAUAGAAUUUUGGUUUGCUGUUUCAUACUCCCAGUCGCCACUUCGAGUUCCUCCUCCAGGGUUAUCAAAGUAGAAAGAAAUGCGCAAAAGUGGCUGGUGGUACAUGCAUGGAUCAACAUGUAUCUUCAUGCGCCUCUAUUUUUUUAGACUUCUGCCACUUUGACUUCUAGCAACAGGAGCAUGUUCUCGAAAAGAAAGAAGGCGAGUGAUGCGCUGCUAGUAGGAUAGAUACAUUGUGAAGAAAACUAUGUGCCGAACUACGAUGAUAUCUUCCUCGCACGCUCAUCUCUAGUUUUGCAGCAAAUACGACCGUCUUGUGUUUCCUCGCUUCGGGCUCCGCAAAAAGACAGGCAGCUGCACAGGGAGAACUACUUUGCGCAUUUUUGCAAUGCAUACUGGCGGGUAUUAGUCUCGGGCUCGGCAGUUUGACAAGUACGGAAAAAUAAAGCGUUGCGGUCAAUCUAUCAAAAUGAAAAAUGCCCUGCCCCCCGAUGAUGUGGCAAAUGCAGAACUUACUGCUGCAGGUCUUGUUCUUCCAAGAUGAAAACCGGAAGCAUUGUUCAGUUGUUGGAUUGAAGACGGAGAAAAUUCUUUUUCCUCCCGAACGAGAUGAACUCAGUAGUUCGGCGGGCUGAAUUGCACAUGCGUAGCAUAGCUGUCUCCCGAUUAUACCCACUGCUCUAGUGCGAAGGCAAAAGACGGUUUUUGCCUCCAGCAAUACGGAUCUGCACUGCGGAUACCGUCAAGGUGGCAAGUGUUUCCUUGCAUCUCUGCAAUACAAAUGUCACGGAAGUCAUCUGGGGUAGGGCAUCUUUUCAAUACGAUACGAGCGCCACUAUCUGCAGCCUUGGUGCAUUCAAAUUGUAGUUUAUAAGUAACAUGUUUUGAUGCUGCUGGCGCAAAAAUAACGUAUCUCGUCGUGGGGAAGAUAACUGCACGGAGAUUUAUCAGAGUUUUCUGGAAUUCGUCUUGCGCCACCGCAGGCAAUGGACUUAAUUUUGAAGGAAAUAGCUGCAAAAGGGUGGUGGCGAUGACCUCUUUUUCUCCAGUAUGGUUGAGGGAUUUAGACUAACCGACGAACAAAAGGCGCAGAAGCAACGGGAUCAAGAGGAGAAGAAACGUGUCGCAGCGGACCAAAAAAUGCAACAAGACAAGAAGACCGAAGACGACCGGAAAAGCAAGGCCGCGCGCUGCGAGGAUCAGUUGCAGCAAAGGAUUGCGGAGCCGAAUAAUUACGGCGCGAUCCUUGAAAAGGAAACAGCGGACCGGAAUACGUUUCGGUUUCUGCCACUGGAAAUACAGGCAGACCUCGCGACCGAAUAUUGUGACAGCCCGUACAUGACAAGCAACAAAUUAGCGCCAUCUGCAAAAAAAUUCGACGUCGCGAUGAAAGUAAAGCUCAGGGAUUGGGCAAAGAAAAAAAAGUUAACUCUGGCGAUGGUCACGAAUGCGUCUUGGGAAAACAAGUUCAACAAUGUGCGGAAAUCCAAAUGGAGCUGGGACGAAAUCAUAACGGAAACGGAGCCAAUGUUCAACUCCCAAACAAUCGCCAAAGAGCUUUCGUUGAUUCUGAAUCGGCAAUAUGGCUUCCAAGACGUGUGCCGUACCGAAAUGGGCAAUAUCAUGUCGAAAACAUUUUCCAAUACGAGCACCUGAAGAAAAAGCAACACACUUAUCGCGGAGGUGUGUCGUCUCUGGCCUUACAUCACAGCUGUGCGUGUGGUGCCCGCAGGACUAAUGUCCUUUGUGCUGUACUGCCCAUUGGGUUGAUUUAGAUGCCUUAUUUCGUGUCGUGUACGAAUUGCGCGAAAGAUUUUUCCUCCUAGUGUCAUGCUCUACUCAGUCAGCGAGCCUGAGUUUUUUUCUAUGGCAUGCGUGUGUGAAGCAAGGAGUAAAGCAUUGUUUGCAUUUGUUUGCCGGAGGCACCGCACUGCCGGUUCGCGUCCGAGUUCCCGCAGAACACAGAGGAGGAGUAUGGUUUUAUGAGAUGAAGCCAAGUUGUAGAUGGCUCAGAGCUUCUUACGCGUCUGCGUUUCCCUGUCGAUAUUCACGGUUACCUGGGUUGUGUUUUUGUUGUGUUGGUCAUUGGAAAUGCUUUCGACUUGAUAAUGAAGGACGUUGUAGAACUUAAGUACAAGCCGCUUGAAGUCCCUGCCGCUCUCAAGGACGGGAAGAUAUCGAGAGAAUAAUGUUGCACAUCAACCACGUCUAGCUCUAGUCACGUAAAAAUUUGCAUGUGAAAUUUUAAUAGAAGUUUCCGACUUCCUUCUCGACUACAAAAAUAUGCAGGUAGUGUUUAUUAUGGGAAGAAAAGGCUGGCAUGCACGCUUGCAGUGGCUACAUACAAUUAGCAUCAACAUCUGUGCAUUGCACGCCUCCAGCGGCUGCAGUGCGAGGUCCAGGAGGCACAUCAGCACGCGCCGGAUGACAGCAAUACAAUGUCUCUGCGCGGCUACUUUCCUCUACCCACGAUGAUGUGACGAGUGACCGAAAUUAGAAAUCUUGAUCUCAGCAUCCUGCACUACCCUUACAUCCGAUGCUGGAACAGGCGGAAUUCGAACACGUCCUAAAACCCCUAGCACCCCCCCCCCCGCUAGAAAGAUGAUGAUGACGUCGGUUAAAGAACGAGGAAGCUUGUUGAUGAAGACAAAGAAAGCGAUUUGCAGUUCUUGAAUGGGCUCAGGCACUGUCAGCUGGAGAUCAAUGAAAGUAGUCCAGCUACAGUCAGUGUGCAGGGAGACGAGAAGAAGCAUGUGGCUUGAAGAUGGCACGCGCGUGUGUGGUGUGCAACGUUUUUCCUUGCGACAGGAGAAUCUGCGGGAAAAAUGCGAAUUUGUUUACGGUGACAGAACAGCCUCUGACACAGAAGACACGAGCAAAGCCCCUGUUAAAGAAUCUCAGAGAGUCGCCAUGAAGUGUGACGAGGCUUUGCGAAAAAAUGUUGACUACAGCAAACCGGGUGAGAUCGAAGAAACGAAAGGGCGCCUCCUCGUAUUUCGAUUUCUACCGCUAGAGGUUCAGUCACGGGUGGCCACGUCAACAAAUUGCGGCUCCACCAGGAGUUUUGAUCUGACUGCAACCGGCAAGAAAAAGGGGUUCGAAGACACAUUAAAAAAGGCGCUUGAGGACUGGGUUAGUGAUCAAACAAAUUUGAUGAAUGGCCAUGAACGACUUCGGCUAUUCCUACAAGGAGCAUCGGUCGUAGACAAGAAAUUUGCGCAGAUCAACGAGUUCCUCACCGCGCUUCUGGACGGCGUCCACGACCUUGAAAAUUGGUGCAGACGCCAUGCGCUGGGACUCGAGGCCAAACUCGUGCACCAGGAGGACAAGGUCACCUCCGCUAUGGAAUUCGCAAAGAACCUCGAGGAGAAGUGCAAAAUUGUGUAUGGAGAAGGAACUGCUGCCCCAGAAAAGCUAACAGAUGCCGUGAUGAGAGAUGCCGAAAUGUCGCACACACAAGUCCUGGCUCUCGCCAACGAAGCGGAGGCGAUCAUGAAGGAGGAGGCCGUAGCACGCCUCCGGGUGUUUCGGCUCUUGCCAGUGGAAUUCCAAGCAGGUCUGAAAAAGCAUUGCGACACGCCUGAGAAUCUGGACAAAAUGCUGAAGAAGGCAGUGACCGCGUUAACGAAGAACGAGCUCCCGGACGCUCUUCCUGGCCCACAUUAUCGAUCUGAUAUGACCUACGGGCAGAUGGAGGGCGCCCUCACGCGAGGCCUGCAGAGCGACGUGGCCGAAAGUUGGUGCAGAUUGCGUGUGGGCGCGGAGGACUUCCAACGCGAGCCCAGCCGCGAUGCGUUCUUGGCCAAAAUGGACGGAGCCAUUAGGGUCGGAUUAAAUCUGGAAGACAUAUGCAAAAGGGCAUACGGCCGCGAAGCGCUGGAACCGGCCGCCCCGGGGGACUUGGGGGCACGGGCAGCGGAAUGUCGCGACCUCCUGGAGGAUGUUGCCGAGCACAAAGCCACAGAUCCGGAAGCGCAGGCGCGCGUCGCGUUGUUCAACUUCCUUCCGCUGAAAAAACAGGCGGACCUCGCCAGCUCAUGCUCGAGCGGUGUCAGCGGCCGUCUCGGAAGCGGCUUUGACCACGCUUUGAAAGAACACGCUCGCACCACAGUCGCCGAAAGCUUCGACGCCGGUGCCGAGAGUGUCGGGAAGGCGCGGGCGGCAGCAGGCGGGGGCCUCGCGCCCAUUCUGGCAUUGCUUGAGAAGCUUCUCGAGGGGGGCGGAGUGCAGUUCAAAAACUUUUGCAGGCCCAGCGUCGGCGUUAUGUCGAAAACACGCCCCAUACCACCCGGCCUGGAGAGCCAGCCCCCCACCCGUUUUGAAAGCACCCGCGCGGGCCCUCUGCGCAGGUUAUGAACACUGGCCGACCAAGCAGAGUCGCGGGCGCGGCCGCGUCCCCCGAUUUCGCUUAGCUAGGCGCAGGGGCCAGCCCAGUUCGCGCUCCCGGCGCAAGGCAUCGCAAAGGGCGGGGGGCCUGCGUGUUGUUGCUGCCUUUAGUGGUCCGGCCGCGUGGCAUGUAUUGCGGCCAACGAACAACCCCAGCGCGGGAGCCUGCUUGACAUGGUGCCCCGAAAACAGCCGGCAGUUUUUGGCUCUAGGGCGCGUCUGCUGACUUGGGAAAAAGCCUAUCAAGCUACCCAGCCUGUUUGGCUCUGUGACUGAUCAACGAAGCACGGCGGCGCCCCAUCCUCCAACGCCCCAAAGACCAACGGUGGCGGGCCGGCAAAGGCGGCUCGUUCGGAGGCGCCUGCCGCCGGGGGCCCUGCCUGGAUCUUUGGGGCGCCCAAACGAGUGCCAGGAAAAACCGCGCGCAAGGGUUGCUACGUAGGCGAAACCGCGCGGCGUGUCCUCGUGUUCGGGACAUUUUUGGCGGCCGCAAAGGCGGCUGCCUUACCUUUCGCGGUGCUGGUCACAGAGCCCCGGAAAAAAUGCAUCCUCGAAAGCUGGCCGAGCGGAAAUAAAAGAAAUGCCCUCGUAAUCUACUGGCCCCUUUUCCCUUCGUUGUUGGGACGCCUCCCGCGGCUCCCGGGUCGGCCCCGAAGCGCCGGGACAGGGUUUCGGAGAGGGGCGCCGGAAUGUGCCAAAAGCAGCGGUGGCACUGGGGCAGCCGCGGUUGCAUAACGUUACCCAAGGCGCCGCGGUGGGCCCGCAGCGAGCCAAGGCGCAAGAAAACGGCGGCGGCCUCACUACCCCCGCCCCGGCGGCGGAUUGUAUUUGGGAGGGGCGACGCGCGGGCCGGCCCUAUAACUUCCGCUGACGGAGGGCCGGCCCGCCCCCCUCCGUCCCCCCAACCGAUCGCCCUCCGGGUGCGAUGCGGCGGUCGGCCAGCAACCGGCCACCCAAGCAGGCGGCCCCGCCGCGCCGGCGCGGGCGCGCAGGGCAACCAAAAGCGCGCCGCGCGCCCAGAUAUCGAACCGCGCCGCCGCCGUCUCCGGAAGCGAAAAUGGCGGGGGCGCGAACGCUUCGGCGAGGUCAUGUGGGAUCUCCAGUUGCGCCAGCUGCGCGGCGGCCGCGCUUCAUUGGCCCCAUGGCACUGGCCCGCGGGGAGCGUUGUCUGCUUUGACGCGUUGACCUUGCGUCCGGCCGCGACUGCGGCCUCGCUGUGCGUGUGGUUUUUUGCAAUUCGCCAACCGCCCCCGCGGUUGCGCCUUUUGCCCGCCCAGGCCGGCCCUUGUUUUCGGGGCGUCUUCUUUGUUGGGCAUCCUCUACGGGGCGUGGGGCGUGUUUUCGUCGUGAUUGUCCUUGGUAUGGCUUCCGCGAAAGGGCGGGGCCAGAUUCCUGCAGCGAGCCAGGUUGCUUUGGCUAUUGACUUCGGGAAAAUAUGCGGGGGAAGAUGCUGCGCAACGCUUAUGCGGCCACCGGGGCCCAGUUUUGUUCGCUUUCCCUCCGGGUAGUGCCUCGGCGCCGCAGGCUUUUUUUCUUGGUGGAAACAUAGUUGCAGCAAGUUGAAGGAGCGGGGCCUCGGCUUCUCAUCUCCGCCCCCGCCCCCCGCUCUGCUGCCAUUGGCGCCUCUGCAUUGCUAUCAGCCGCGAGCGCGUCUAGGUCUCCGUCGAGCAGUGCAUCUGCUUGCUGCGCGGCAUUCAUUUUCAUGGCCCGCGAGGCCUGGAAAGCGGGGCCCAGCAUUGCAGAUUCUGAAUGUGUGGCGUACGCAAUGCCUCUGCGCCCGGUAUCAGGCAGCAGGGCGGCCCUGCUCCCGGGCUAAGCGCCCGGCGCAGAGAGGGGGGCGGUGGGCCCUAUCGUAGGCGCCAGGGGUAUUUCGUUCUGCGUCCCGCAAGGGGGCGCGGCUUUGUGGUCUGCGAUUCUGUUGGCGGUAGACCGCUUUGUAUUGUCGCACGCCUGGGCGCACAUGGCACCCGCCCGCGCCAUGCAUGCAUAUGCUAGCGCUCUUCGCUGGGAUACCCUUGCGCCCAAUAUGCGGCCGCGGGGCCAUUUCUUUUCUUUCAUGGAUAUAGAGGCGGCCGCGCUUUCCCUUUCGGCUUUCUUUUUGCCAUUAAGGGCGCUUGGCUUCUUCAGUGCUUCGCACGCGAUAGUUGCGCAUGCAUCGCGCAGCAGCUUCGCGACCCUGGUGUAGUGGGGUACGCCCGCAGUGGGAGCCGGUGGGCGGGUAACAGUGCCGAAAGUUUCCCGCGAUUUCCCAUCUUUGAUCGCCGCGACGGUGCGCUCGCUGGCUAAGUUAGGAAGCGGCGGAGCGCAGGUCCUUUCAUGCCUGGCUUAGCCGCCUGCUUCUUGGAAGGCAGGGUUUCGUGGGGUCAUGGCUUGGGCGAUCCUGUUUCCCGAUGUUGCAUGCGUAGCCGUGUGACCAUGUACCGGGGCCCUCUGUGUUAUGCAGCUGAUCUCCCCUCGAUAUGAAAAUCUCGAAGAAAAGUGCAAGCUUGUCUAUCUUGGCAAGAAAGCACUUGACCCCGCUCUGGCAAGGGAUCUGGUGGAGCAGGCGAGCGAAUGCAAUGACCGGCUGGACCAAGAGUUGGAGCGAAGGCAUGCCGAACGAGACGCCGAAUCCACGAAGAAAGCGCAGGCGCGUCUCAAGGCGUUUCGACUACUCCCGGAAGAAACGCAGGGGCUCCUUAGCAGACAUUGCACACGCGCGGCCAUUGCUUCGGGGAUGCCGGUGACGUUCGACGCAUUGUUGCGGUCUCAACUCGCGUCUCUCGGUCGCAGUGUCUUUGAGAUGCAGAGCGGCGACGAACCGGUGGUGAGCCUCGCGAGUAAGGCGGCCCCGGAUGAAGUUUAUCCGAAGGCGGUCGAAGCAUUCGUCUUGCAAAUGAAAAGGGACAGCUCUGGGUUGGGCGAGUGGUGCGGGGAGCAGCUUCGCGAGAGCCCGGGCGGCCACGAGCUCGUGUUCCACGAAGAAAAAGUCGAGGCGGCGACCCGCUUCGGAAGGAUAGGACGCGGAACAAGAGCGCCCCACCCCGUCCCGAUACCGCUAUCGCUAUCGCCUUGCUAUCGACGCACCAAGGGCGCCUUCGGUGCUUUGUUUCGCGCCCGCAUUGAACUUUUUUUCGGAUCCAGUAUGCAGACCGGGUGCGCUUCCGCGCCUGCUUGGGGCAAAUGCUUCGCGGCCUUGCCUAAGUCAAUGACAGGGGCCACGCGCUGUCGUGGCAGGCCAGUGAGUCAGGACAAGGCCGGUUUUCUUUUUUCGCUCCAGGCGCGCCUGAUAGUGUUGCCUUUUUCUUCAGCAUUAUCAAAAAAGCUUGCGCUCGCAUUGCUUUUUCGUUCCUUCGGCCGGCAAGCUCCGGCGCAUUGCGAGGCGGCGCAACAGGGGCGCGGCGCCCUUUCUCACAUUGGCCAGGGGCCGCAGCUUACCAAAGCAGGCCCCCGUCGGUCCGGCACGGUUUUGAUUCUGACGAGGGCGCGCGCCAUUGGCUUCUCAGGUCCAGGCGCAGGCCUGGGCCAUGUAGAAAGAAGGCCGUCAAGGUUUCUGCGCGAUGGCGGCUGUGAUGCCUUUUCCAAAAACUGCGCGCACGGUCAAGAAGUUGUGGCCAAGGAGUGCGCCCGAGAAACAGUCGUGGCGCCAAAGUCAAAACCAAACAGCCCGCAGGCUGGCGCCUGCUGCUACAUCGGAUGCGACGCCAGGUGGCCCUUCGUGGCGCAUUCUAUUUUGCGCCGAUCGUGUUCUUGCGCUGGCAGUUCUUCAAACGCUGGCAGCCAGGCUUCUCUCCCAUUGCACGGCAACGGGUAUUGACGCCGCAAAGGCGGGCGCCCCAUCUGCCGCGCCGGCCGGCCCUCCCUUGGGCGAGCGACACGCGCCACGACGCGCGCAACCACCGCAAGCCUCCCCGGCCGCCCCUGCGCGUAGUGUUCGGAGGCAAGCGCAUUGCCCCGGGUGGGGCUCGGCGCCUCGGGGUUUUCGAACCCGCCACGCCGCGGGGCCUUGGAUGGUGGGUGUGGGCUUUACACCGGGCCGCCUCCGUCGUGCCGGCAGGCAGGGUUGCGGAAUCAUUUUGGCGAGGGUUUUGCACCUGCAUGACCCCAAGCCCGGCAGAGACGCCCCGCCGCGCUAGUCAAAGUAGGGGUGGCCAACUGGUCGUCGUGGCCCCGCCGUGUGUCGUGUUAGUUUCCCACUAAGAUUCAGACGCCACGCCCGCGGGUUGGCGCGCGGGGGGCGAUUGGAAAAGGGCCGCGCGGCCGUGCGUAUCUACCUAGUCGGGCGGGCCAAGGGAGACACAGGGGGCCCUAAGUCGGCGCACUCGCCCUCCUGCCCCGGUGGCGGAGGGGCAGCCCCUCCGCCACUCAACAAAACCGGCGUGACCUCAUUACCCUCGCCUUGGCGGCUACUAUUGGUAUUCAUUUACGGCCGCCGCGGGGGGAUUUGCGCGGGCGCGCUCGCAGUUUGCCCGCCAUCUAGCACGUGCGCACAAGCUGCCGUGGCUGCUUUUGUUUUUGCGUCUUGUUCGCUAGGUGGCAUCGGCUCCCGGUAGGCCCAUAACUAAGCACCGCAGCCCUUUGGGGAUUCGCCAUUCACAGGCAGGGCGCCUCCUUAUCUUUUUCUGACAGGUUUGGUUUUCCUUUGUCUGCGCGUCUUUUGCUGUGGGUGCUCUUCUCAUUUUUUAGGGGGGCGGCGGGGCGGUGCGUUCUGAAUUUGGUUGGCCGCCCUCUCAGCCCCGAGUGGGCCACGGGCUUGGGUGUGCUAGAAUAGGGCGCGCCCGCACGAUUAUCAUGGAGUGGCGAUGGGGGUGUGCGGUGUGGGGCCUAUUUUCCUUGCACCCGAGAACCUGCAAGACAAGUGCGCUAUCUUGUACACCGACAAGAAGGUUCGAAGCCUCGCGAGUGUGUGUGAUCAGAUGUUGCAGAAGGCGAUCCUGAGCGGGGCGGCAGAAAUCAGGAAGGCCACUGAGUGGCAGGCUGUAUUUAGCUACUACGACAUGUUCAAGCGGCUGGAUGUUUUUCGAUUCCUGCCACUAAAAGUGCAGGAGGAAAUCGCUCCACACUGUGAGCAAGAAGACCUAGCGUUAAACAAUGUGAAGGCGACUGGUUGGGACAGCUGGAGAAUUGACUGGAAGGACCCAUCUUUCGGCGCCUUGGUUUUCCGGGAGCUACAAAAGUGGGUCGACGCGGAUUGGGAAGAUUUUGCGGUCUCGCCGCAAGUGCACACGACCACGAAAGGCAGCAGCAAGGUUAGCAGCUUCCUCCCAAAAAACCGGCUUACGGGCUUGUUCCCGAACCAGUACCGGCGCCCGUUUAACUCUGUUGCCCAAGGAGUUGAAACGCUGUGGGCGCGCGAUUUUUUCAAAUAUUUUUGUACAAAACAGCCUACAGGCCCGACGAGUGUUAAUGGCUACGACCAGGACAAAAUUUUUGCGAUCGCCUUAACCGGAAACAACAUGGAAGAAAUGUGCGAAAUGUAUUACAAGCAAAAGUCCCCCGCUGACCUUCGCCCACCUGUCGCAGAAGCGCCGUCGGAAAAGAAAUUGCGAGACAAAUCGCAAGCGACUCUAUUGGAAUUGCGGCUCAGGCUUUUGAAUUUGCUUAACUUCAACGGGCCGGGAGGUUCUGAUGCGAGCAGCAUGGGCGGGUUCUAUGACGAGGAGUACAGAUUUUUUCUAAACGAAAAUAACUUUCUGGUGAAUUAUUCAGUACCGGAAACGUAUUUUGACCAUCAGACGACCCCGCAAGAGGGCUGA